AUGCCAGCAUGGCGCCAUGUUUUGCCCAAAGUUGGCUUUCUGUGGCUUUUGAUCUGUGCUCAGUCCGGAGAACCUGACAUCAAGAUCUAUUCGGAGAACACUGAUGGCUUUAACACCGGAGUACCUUUCAGCCAGUGGCUACAUCAUAUUGUUAUUCAAAUACCAGAACCAGCUGGAGGGCCGUUCGAAAAUCCCUUGCAGCUCAGUGGAGGGAAUUGCAGCGAGAUACACGUGAAGAGCUUGAAUGCUACAGACCUCACCAGCACUGAGCUCUCCCCGGCCUUCGCCCUGCACCUCCGCGCCUCCUUGCUCUGCACGGUGCUGGUCAGCAACGGCGCGGUGCGAAUCGGCUUCGCCCUGGACAACGUCACGGCGGACCUGGCUUUUGCGGUGCAGCCGGUGCUGGAACCAAGGUCCCAGGUGGUGGUGCCCUUGGGGAAGGUGGAAGUGACCAGGUGUUACAUCUCCUUUGUGAUGAGUAUGUUGCACUUACAUGGCACGGAUUCGGUCUUCAACAGUGCCUUGAGCCAGUUUGAGCCUGCCUUGAAGGAUUUCAUCAACGAGGAAUUGCCAGAGGUUGCUUGCUCCCAACUAGAGCCCUUAAUGGAGAAGCAAGCUUCAGCCGCUUUAUCCUCUGUGUUGGUUCAACUGGCACCCUUCCUGGCGAGCAAUCCUCCUCUGCCCCCGGAACCCGCCGCGCGUCCGGGAGUCACCUUGGUGAAUUGGGGCACCUUCCCUCCAGCGCAGUUGUUAAGAUCAUUGGUGCAACGUCGACCAGAAAGGGUUGCUGGCAUUAUACAGAGGAUUCGUCCUCAGAAGAUUCCUUUGGAUAUGCUGGGCAUCAAUCGCUCCGUGACCAUCGAUUCUGCGGGAACCACGCUGCGAAGCUAUACGGAGGAAUUGACUGUGGAAGGCUUCAACAGCUUUGUUCCGGGGAGUUUGGCCAUCCAAGGUAGUGGUUCUCAUGUUUGGUCCACUGCUUCCUUCAAGGAGUUGAGACUCGGUGCCAAGCUGCAGGCGCAGGUGCGGUCCGUCGACCCCAAGACGCUGACGCAGGAGAGACCUUUGCUGGAAGAAUUUCAAGUGCAACUGCAACUGGGACAUGUGAUGGCACGGGCUGAAACCCUGGCGAUGGUGUCGCAGCAUACUUUAAACACCAUGGAGGUGGAUCAAUUCCAGGACUUCGGCUGUUUGGUGGCCUCCGCCAAUGGCACCUUCGUGGGCCCCGAGGCACCGUUGGCCCUGCGGCAGCUGCAGCUGAACGUCUCGCAGCCCGUGGCGGAAGUUGCGCCGUGCGGAUCACUGGAUCCGUCGCUGGCAGAGGUGGCUACAACAUUGCUGAAGGUGAUUUUGAGUGGCUAUGUCCCUUCUUUCGAGAAGAUCCUCCAGUCCUCCGUCAGCAGGAUGCACCACGCCAUGAACGACGUGGUCACGCAGGUCCUGCAGACGACUCCGCCCUGUGGAAAGACCGAAGUCUAUUUCGGGCCUGAAGGUCGAGUGAACCUUUCACUCUUGCUGUUGUCCUCCUUAUUGGCCCUCUCAGGAUUUUGCGCCUUGUUUUCCCCUCAGAUUUCCCAUGAAGACGGCAGUGAAGACGGCGACUCCUUGGCUUUGGCGGAACUGCCCUUGGCGACACACCCCGCGGUGCCUGUGGGACUGGCCAGAUCGUACCCAUUUUUUGUGGUCGCCACAAUGGUCCUCUUCUUUUUUUCAGACCUGGGCCUGGGAACCGUGGUGAACAUCGUCUUCCGGGCUGGAGAUGAGGUCGUCACCAUUGGUCCAGCUUUUUCCUUUUCAGUGAUGACUCUGUCGAGGGAUAGCAUCAAAGGAGGUGCAUGGCUCAUCGCCGUAUUGGUUAUAGGUCUCAGUGGACUUUGGCCAUUUGUCAAGCUUGGAAUGCUGCUUUAUGUCUGGCUCACGCCUCCUGCAUCGCUGAAGAAGAGCAAAAGAGGCCGAAUCUUGCUGUUUCUGGAUGAGUAUGGGAAGUACAGUUUGGUGGACUCUUGGCUGGCCAUACUGGCGUUGUGUGCCUUCAACCUUAACUGGAGCGACAAUGAGAUUGGAGUGAACGUGGCUCCCGUUCCCAUGCUCCCUUUCUUCACCUUCGUGGUGGCCAGCGUCGUGUCCUUAGUCCUGGGCCACGUGGCCACGGUCUUCCACCGCCGGACGCAGCGCUGCGAGCGCGAAGCCGCGGUGCAGCGAACGGUGAGCCAGGAGAUCAGGGAGGCCAAGGAGAAACCCGGAAGCUUGUUCAACAAGUUGCAGCGCCAGCAAGCCUGGCAGCUUCUGGCCUUCGCCGUGUUCAAUGGAGCAUCCGUGUUGAUCGCCGCGUUCCUCACCUCGAUCCGUUACGAGGUCUCGGGCCUCGUGGCGGAUCUCUUGCUGACGGAGGAAGAAACGCAUCUGGCGUACGGCUUGGUGAGCUUAGGUCUAUUUCUGACGGAAGGUUUUGAGGCUUCUAGCGGCCUCCAUACCGUGCAAGCGAUCUUCUUCGUCUUUACCUUGGCUAUCCCGCUGGCUCUGGUGGUUUGUUUGCUCACCUUGCUCCUGGCUCCACUGAAAAGGCGCGAUCACCUGAGACUGCUUAAGGUGUGCCAUGUCUUGGAUGCUUGGGCUGCGUUUGAUGUCUUCGUUCUGGCCGUGGUGGUGGCGAAUUUUGAGUUUUGGCUGCUGACGCAAUUCUUGAUCUAUCACGACAACGUUGCAAGUGCUUGCAACUGGGUCCAUGAGAACUUGAAUGCUGAGUGCUUGGCGAUGGAAUGUCAUGUUCAAGCUGGCUUUAUUUUAAUGGCCCUGGGAGGAGUGUCAUCAUAUCUCACUCCCAAACUCUAUUUCCGCUACUGUCAGGGAAUCUUGGAGGAAGACUCAAUGACCUCCGAAUCAGAGGAGGAGUUGCUCCGAAAGUGAGCAUCAGCUACAGUACAGGUGAAGUCGCUGGAAAAGGUC